AUGUCUUCUCCUCCCACGACUCUUGUCUUACUGGUGACUGAAGCUGUCUUGGCCAUCAGUGGGCUCCUCUGGAAUGGCUUUAUUGUUACUGUGAUCAUUCCGUGGACUAAAUGCAGGACCCUUGCAUCCAGUGAACAGCUUCUUCUAAGCCUGGGUCUGUCCAAUGGGUGUGUGACCAUUGUCAUUGGUGUACUUGACUUAAGUUUAGCAUUAGAAUAUAAUUUCAGUUCUUUAAUUUCUGAGAUAUGGUUCUCCUUUUUUUUCCUUACUGUGAUAUUCAGAUAUUGGCUCACUGCUUUGCUUUGUUUCUUCUACUGCAUCAAGAUUGUGAAUAGUACCCACACGUUCUUCCUUUGGUGCAAACUGAAGAUAUCAUGGCUAAUACCCCGACUUUUGAUGGGAUCUAUUAUUAUCUCCUUGUCUGCUUUCAUUGUGACAUUAAGUACUAUGCAUAUACCACCACAAGAAAGCCCAAUGGUCAAUAAUACAAUGGUUUCCCAAGGAAAAUUAUUGAAAGACACCCUCACAACUUUUGAUGUGUUAUUUUUAACUUUUGGAUCUGGUUGUCCUUUUCUUGUGGUUUUAUUGUGCUCCAUUUUAGUUGUUGCCUCACUCUUUGGACAUGUCUGUCAAAUAUCAGGGAAAGAACCCCAUUUCAGGAGUUUCCAGGCAAAAGCUCAUAUCAAGGCAGCUGGGACAGUGCUAUCUCUGCUAUUGCUUUAUCUUUCAUUUUUUACGGUACAGACUUUUUCUAUGACUGUAUAUAAAGAAUGCAAUGAUGGAUUUCUUUGGGCAAUGAUGGCUGCAUAUUCUCCAGCUCAAGCUGCCAUUCUGGUGUUGACUAACCCCAAAUUAAAGCAGGCAUUAUGCUCGAUGGUUCAAAGAACAAAGCUUUAA